AUGUUUUUCUUGGUGGUACUGGCGCUGCUGUUCUGCACUGAGGCACAAGACCUCCAAAACGUGUUUCUCCUUCAUGGAAGUGAUUUACACCUAGAUGUAAAGAAAUCUGUUGUACUUGACAAAAAGACUGACUUUUUCUGGAAGUUUAAUACCACUAAUUAUGUUGGUAAACUUAGUUAUAAUAACGAGGCAGUAUUGUUUGACAGUUAUGAAGGAAGAGCUGAGGUCUUUGGACGAAAUUUCUCUUUGGUAUUAAAGAAUAUACAACACAGCGACAGUGGAUAUUAUACUGCAGUUGUGGUUGGAGGACAAGAGCAAAGUAUAGCUGAAUACAAGGUCAUAGUCCAAGAUCCAGUAUCUCGUGCUGAGCUGACAGUGGACCAUCUUUCCAGCACCUCAGACUCCUGUAACCUCACUGUGACCUGCAGCACAGUGGAGUUUAACAUCAGCAGCACUUUUAGAUGUGAUGCCCAAAACUGCCUGCAAGUGGAAGAAAAGAGCUUAAACGUCUCAAAAUAUUUUUCUUCUCUGAUUGUUUACUUGCAGCAAGAUACCAUCUUUUGUAAUCAUAGCAACAAAGUGAGCUGGAAAGCAAACAAGAAGGUGAUCAAGCUGUACUGUGAAAUAAAAUCAGAUGGUAUCUCCGUCUGUGUGGUGAAGACAGUCGUGUUCUCUGUCAGUCUGAUUAUCAUGGUGAUUGCUGUCAUCAGUGUGCACCUCAUGGAGAAGAAAAAGAAGCAAAAAUAA